AUGUUAAAUCAAACUACAAUGAAUAAUACUCAUGAUCAUCAUCCUCAGAAUAUCAUCAUAGGUGACAUACUUCUCCAUUUGGAAUCAAAACCAACAAUUAUUCAAGUAGUUACUCAUACAAUUCUAUCAACGGCAUCUUCUUUAAUAGUUGAUAAACCAAUUAUUCGUCGAUUAUCACCAAAUUCUUCUGGAACAUCUACUUCACAAACAAUUAUUUCAUGUGAUUUAAAAAAUAAUCUACCUAUUAAAAGUACGCAUGAACGAAUAAAAACAUCAUCAAAAAAAAAAUUAAUGCGUGUGCCUAAAGCUAGUAUGGCAUUAGUUAAAGAAUGGAAAUCAAAAGUAACAAAUCCAACUCAUCCUGAACUAAAAUCAUACACUACUAAUACAAAUAUAGAUAAUGAACACACUUAUUUUUAA